ACCUGCGGCCCUCCUGCUCCUAUUAAACUACACGUUGGCUUGCAGGGGGAGAUGUGGGAGUUAUAGUUCAUGUAGAGGUCCACAGGUUGAAGUUCACUGCGUGCCCCCAUGUUGAGGUGUGUGUGUGUGUGUAUGUGGGGGGGGGGAUGUUAUAGAGGGAUCGUGUGUGGGGAGGCCUUCCUUGUUAAAGUUCAGUUUAUCAGAUACGUGUUUAUGACACCAGCACCAUGACAGAAAACUUGUAGUCGCUGCCCCCCUGGCACCCACUGGGCCCCCUAAACUCUCCCAGUGACACGGGGGCUGUAAAGAGAUCGCAUGCACAAUGACACCAACCAUCCUGUCGGCUUUCUCCUCCUCCCUCCUGCAAUGCACUGCUAAUAGGUGAGGAGGGAGGCUAAAACUUGUGAUGACAGAGAGGAAGCCCCAACAAACACACACUCGAAUGAAGGAUCCACGGGGAGUGGGCAGUUCGGGUGUGUGUGUGUCUGAUCCAUGUCGCGCAAGAGGGAACAGCGAGACGCUGAGCGGACAUGUCACUGUCACAUGACAAAGAUAUCAAAAUACCGUUACCAUUCUGUUCUUCCAUUUGCCUUUCUUGGUGUAUAGUCAUGAAAGGCAGUGCAAGAAAUAAGGACAAUUCUACUGAAGGAGAAGGAGCUGGAAAACGACCAAAGAGAAAGUGCCUUCAAUGGCACCCACUGCUUGCAAACAAAAUCCUUGACUUUUCUGAAGAAGAUGAGGAAGAAGAGGAUGAAGAAGAUAUUGAUAAGGUCCAGCUUCUUGAUGGCGAUGGUCUUGAAAAUGAUGAAACAGAAGACAAUGAUUCUAGUGAGCAAAGAGCCCGCAGGCCAAUGAACGCUUUCCUCUUAUUUUGCAAACGUCACCGUUCUCUAGUGCGUCAGGAACAUCCUCGUCUGGAUAAUCGUGGUGCUACAAAAAUACUGGCAGAUUGGUGGGCCUAUCUUGACCCUAAUGAGAAGCAGAAGUACACAGAUAUGGCUAAAGAGUACAAAGAUGCAUUUAUGAAAGCAAAUCCAGGCUACAAGUGGUGUCCUACUACUAAUAAACCUGUGAAAGCCCUUUCACCUACUGUAACUACCAGAAAGAAACUAUGGGCCUUUAGCUCAGAAACUGUCAAAGAUGCUCCAAGCCCCAAGAAAGUCCCACAAGAGGAUGAAAUGCCUCAACUUAAUUUUAGUAUUGCAGAUCCCACACAGAUGGGUGGACUGAGUAUGCUGCUUCUUGCUGGUGAACAUGCCUUGACUGCACAUGGGGAUCAUGCUGUGACUGAAAGUGUGGAACAUUUAAGUGACCAUGAGGUUUCUUCAGAUAUUUGUCCUUUAACUGAAUCACGGUUUCCCCAGGAAAACAACUCCUCAUUAUUUCACUUUGAUGAGAUGUCUUCCAGCACAUCACAUUCAGAUGAACCAGCAUCUGCUAACCAAAGUGAGAAGUCUGCACUUUUUCAGUUUGCUGAGAUAUCUUCAGAUACUUCACAAACAAAGAUUAAUUGUGUCAAUGCUGUUCCUGUGAAGUCUUCCCUUUUCCAUUUAGCAGAGAUAUCUUCAAGUUCAUCCCAUUCUGAUUCAUCUACAUCAGAAAAGCAGUGUGGAACAUCAGCAUUGUUUCAGCUUGCAGAGAUGUGUGUGGCUUCUGAAGCUGUCAAAAUAGAAAUAUCCAGCAACGUAGAUGCAGACGAUUUGGUAAGAAAGCCUAUUCCCACGAAGGAAGAAACUGAAGGCUCAUCAGAGGACCUGAUUUUUAGAAAUCUCAACGAUAGUUCACAUGUCUGUGAGAAAACGGAACCCAACAAUGUUAAAACUAAAAAGCACAAAACACACUCCCUAGAACCUAUAGAUGCUGAACUUUUAGGACUUGUGAAACGAGAAAAAGUAAAAAAGAAGAAGAAAAAGAAUAAAUCAGACCCUGAUGCUGCAGAGAAUGCAUCCCCAAAGAAGACUUGUAAAAAAAGGCAAUCAUCGGAGUCUGAUAUUGAAAGUGUCAUGUACACUAUAGAAGCUGUUGCAAAAGGUGACUGGGGUAUUGAGCAAUCUUCCAGUUCUCCAAGCAAGAAGGCACUCAUUGCUACUAGCCCAAAACACAGCAUUUUUGAUUUAAAGUCAACAAAGAAAAAAGUGAAAUCAAAAGAAGGAAAAUUGCAGAAGGAUAAACUCUCAGACAGCACCAAAGAGCUGUAUGUGCCAGAACCCAUAAUUACUGCAUCAAUCAUAGAUUUACCUUCCCAGACUCCUGAAAGUUUAAAAUCAGAGCCACUUUCUCCUACUGAGGAGCUGCCUCCCAUGUGCUUGCCAGAAAUGCAAGAAAUGCUUAAAACUGAGGACUGUAACAGCAAUAAAAAAACAGAAGCUUGUGGGUCAAGGAAAUCAGAACGAUCUUGUAAAGGUGCUCUUUAUAAGACACUAGUGUCUGAAGGCAUGCUGACAUCACUGCGGGCCAAUGUUGACAGAGGCAAAAGAAACUCAGGAAAGGGCUGCUUAUCAGACCAUGAAGGAUGUUGGAAUGAAGACAUUUGGGCGUUCAAUCAAACUGGAACCACUGGGAGUAAAAAGCUGAAAAAAAUUAAACCAAAGGAAGAGUCGACUCUUGGAUUAGCAAAGCUGGAAGAAGAGUUUGAAAAGAAAUUUAAUAGCCUUCCUCAAUACAGCCCUGUUACAUUUGAUCGCAAAAAUACAGUACUUCCAAGGAAGAAGAAAAAGGCCAGCGAUGGUGUAGAUGAGCCACAGAAAGCCAAUAAAGGUGUAUUCCAGCCUCAGAAAAAGAACUUCUUUCACAAAAUCGUAAACAAAUACAAGCACAAAAAGGACAAACAAAUGAUUUCGGAUAAAGCCAUAUCAGAAGAUAAAAACAACAGGGAGAACUCACCCAGGGCCAGUAAUUUUGCAUCAGCUUCCAGCAUUCCAGAAUCUACAGCCAUUCAGGAGCCCCUGGUAGGAAGCCAAAAAAGAAAAGCAAGAAAAUCGAAGAUAACCCACCUUGUUAGAUCUGUAGAUGGACAGGCGUCAUUAAAAGGACAGAUUUCAGAUGGAAAACCACUGCCUAGCAUUUGUGAAAAGAUCUGCAACAAAGAUGCAACAUGUAGAGAUGAAGUCUUAAUCUCUAGAGAAACUGAUGCAGAACAGAAUAGUAGUAUUGCCCAAGACAUGCCUGCUGUAUCUGCAUUUUUUAGUCUUGCUGCUCUGGCUGAGGUAGCAGCAAUGGAAAAUGCUCAUAGAAGUCCAAGAGGAGGCCUUUCCCGAGAUGGACAGAAGAAAGAAAUGUCCCAGGCAGCUGUGCUGAUUUCAUGUGCUGACCAGUAAAGCUUUAUUUUACUGUAAAAUGUUGCUCUAUAGUCGGUUCUAAACCCUAAGCCUUUGAAAAGCAAAUGUUAUCCAUGAGAUGGAAGACAUGACCCCGAGACAAGAGUUUAGAAUACUAAGGACCUUGAUUUCACUUGAAGCCAUUGAGCUUUGCUUGACACGUGAUUGGCCCGAAAAUGGAAUCAUCAAGUUUGCAUUCUGCGGCUACAAUUUAGAAUGUGUCAGUGAAGUUAAAGAUACUGUUUUGUAAUGUGUCUCACUCCAGAAUCAGAACGUGAUACUAGUUUCAUAUAUUAUAAACUUAUUUAAAAAAAAUGGAAAAAAAAUAUAUAUAAAAUCACAUGCACUGCACUAGUUAAUAGAGAUUUUCAGUCAUUUUGUACAUGAGGAUUUAAGUUCCAGAUGGUUUAUAUGAUAGUUUAUGCUUACAUUUAUAUUGUAGAAUCAGUUUUAAAACAUGUUCCAGGAAGUCCUUACUAGCUGGCUAAGAUGUACCAUUGUUAACGGUUGUUGUGUGCCUAUUCUCGUCUUUUUUUUUUCUUAUUUACUACACUUGCUUCAUACCUGUGCACUCUCAAUAAUUAGCCACUGCACCUCAAAAUAACAUUGGUUGAGCAUUUGCAUAAGCUCCUUUUAACUGAGCAAAUUCGUUUGGUUUUUACUUCAUAUUAAUAUCUGCUCUUGUUUUAAAAUAUUGUUUUAAGCCUUAAUAGGCUGAAUCUUGAGAUGCCAAGAUGUGGUCCUACCCUUGCAAUGGUCAAUACAUGGAAGAGAUUGGUUAAUUGUUUGUACUGACUUGUUAAAAACCCAACAGAUGUGGUACGUACAUGGAAAACAACAUGCCAAAUUUGGCUAUUGUAGGGCUAUUGAUGCAACAGUUGCCUGAACAUAGAACAUUCAGUGAAAAUAUUCAGUGUUAUAAUACCCACUCUUUACAGUACAGUGUAGAACACUGUACUGAGAUGAAUCAGGAUUACUCUUCUACAGGGAUAAUUUACUCCAGUACACAAACCAUUAUUAACUAUGCACUAAUGCUCAGUUGAAAUUCUAAUGCAAAUAAGAAAGGACAUGGAGAAUAAUAUUCCUUUCUGUUAUGACACAAUUUUGUCAACUCUACAUUUCCAUUCUCAACUGAUGGUUACAUGGUAGAAAAUGUAACAAUGAUGUAAGUGAAUACAUGCAAUAACACUACUCUGUACUAAUGUGUCUGGACCUCAAAAUAUGCAGUGAAACAAAGACAGGUGGUGCCAUUGUUUUGUUUGUAUGUGUUUGUGAAAAUCCAUGACAAAAAUCUAUUUAUCCCCCAAAAGGGUAACUGAGUGUGUUGCUGUUACUGUUAUGAAUAAUCCAUAGUCUUUAAAGUUGUCUUAAAGAAGUGGUGUCCAGCACAGAUGUUUCGCUUUUAGGCACUACAACAUGCAGUAUUCUGCAAUAGUCUUCAUAUGCUGGAAAAUGUUAGCAGUAGUACAACAUAAAUCACAGCAACUGCCUUAAAGUAAGGUAUGAAACUCGCCAUUUAAAAAAAUAGCAUCUGAAGCUAGAAACAUCUGUAGGGUGAUAAGAGCUAUGCUUUCUAAUACCUGAAGGGAUGUUAUUUUUCUGAUCUAAGAUGUAACAGCUUAAGACUAAUAAUAAUUCAUACACUGGACUUUAGCUACUCGACCUUUGAUAAAUAACCCCCUAAGAUUAAUAUAGUUAUGGGAUCUGUUAUAUAGAAUACUUGGGAUCCAGGGUUUUUCCAUAAUUUGGAGCUCAAUGCCUUAAAGCUACUAAAACACAUUUCAACAAAAGGAAAAAAAAAACAUGACUGUUUUGCCAUCAUUUGGGAUUUACUGUAGCUUAGUUAUCAUCAAGUACAAAGUAUCAUUAUUACAGAUUAAAAGCAUAUCUGUAAAUAAUUAAGAACUGCCUGUUCAGUCAUAAAGUUUUCUAGAUAAUAGAUCCCCUACCCGAACCCCUUUUAUCUUUAAAUGUGAGUGAGACUGUAAUUUCAGUUUGGGGAAGAAGCACUUGCAGAAUAUUAGCAUAAAUGUCAUAAUCAGCUGAAAUCCAAAUAUAUAUUAGUUUACAGCCCUAACGUAGCCAUGCACCUUAACAAUGGUACAAAUGCAUUCCUAUGGAGAAUCCCCUUUAAAAUAUCUAUUUUUGUCUGAUUGCCCCAUUAGAUUUCAAUAUUGUUCCUAGCUAUUUCUGUAUGACUAUGGUACCUUUUUAAAAGAAAAGAGAAUAAUUCCUUAUUUUAUAUGUGAAUUAAUUAUUUACUUGAUCUGUUUCCUAAAACUCUAUUGUCUUCACUAGAGUAGAAAGGGUGGAGGGAUCAAUUUACUGGAUAUGACUGUUUUAUUCUGAAACCGUUUUUUGUAGAUAAUGCUUAAUUUUUAAGCUGCUAGGCAACGAGUGUAGCCGGAUUCCUGCAAAGCUUUAGAUAGUGUCUGAGAUACUUGCCCAGGCUGACUUUCAAUGAGUGAUCUUUACUAGUUACAUUUGCUAAUGCACUGAAUCUCCUAGGCAAGGCAUUGGUUUAAUCAGGUAAAAGAAACAAAUAAUUAGCACAAGUUCCUAACAUUUCACUAUAACAGUUCCUGCUUUAUAUGUGUGUGUAUAAUUAGAUUCCCUUUACCCAUUUUUUGUAACCGCAUACGACCAGAGUGUGUGUCCCAAAAUUGCUGUACUGUUGACUGUAUGACUUUCCUAGCGUUCUUAUCAAGAAAUGCUUAUAACAAAAUGCCUCUUAGGAAGUUUUUGCACCUUACGUAUCUUGAAAAAACCAAAAUACAACACGCAUCUACAUUGUUCCAUUAUUUUGUCAAACUUUACUAAACUAGUUUUAAAAAAAAUAUACAGGAUAGUUUUAUUUCAGCAUCUGUCUUUUUCUGGAUUCGAACCUGUGAAUGAACUUCAGUGUGAAAAAAAAGUGUUUUUUAGUAAGUUAUUGGAAACUAUAGGUGGCAGUGAAGACAAUAUAAAUUAUACAGUAUUCUGUCACCUGUUAUGCCUAUAACUGAUUAUGGUUUUCCUUUUGUAUUGUAUAAUUAAGUUUUAUGUUUGUUUACUGUGCCAUAUGAAAUGUUACUGUAUCAAAAGAUUAACUAUGAUACUGUGGAUUGAUUGCAGCAGAUAUGAAGGAAUGGUAAUUCAAAAUCAGGUUCCUAUCCAAAAAACAUUAAUUAUAUUCCAGUUAUGAGACCAAACUUGUUUAGUUUAUUUGCUACCUUUACGCCUUUUGUGUUUGACCGUAUAUUCAUCCCAAUGCUGUGCUUCAUAAGUGAGUUUAUAUUUAUUAAAUAACAGUAAACUAAUGUUUUAUACCGCU